AUGCCCAAUAUGUGUAAUAGAACGUAUCAAGAUUUUCAUAAUACUAUGUAUAUGCAUAUGAACACCAUAGCAUUGAAUGAAAUGCAGUUAGCGGGACAAGAAGAAAAACGAUUAGCGAUAGAAAAUGGUCAAGUUGACCAUUUAGGACGACCUAAAAUUGCAGUAGUCGCUGAUGGCGCUUGGAGUAAGCGAUCUUACAAAACUAAAUACAACGCACUGUCCGGAGUUGCUUGUAUUAUUGGUGCAAAAACAAAAAAAGUAAUAUUUUGUGGAGUCAGAAACAAAUAUUGUUGUAUAUGUCAAUUACCUGAAAACCGUGACGAAAUAGCACAGGAUCAUGUAUGUUUCAAAAAUUGGAAUUCGGCCUCAACCGCGAUGGAAGCCGAUAUUAUUGUUGAAGGGUUCAAGCAAAGUCUGCAUAUGCAUAAUGUUAUAUAUUCUCAGUUAAUAGGAGAUGGUGACAGUAGUAUUAUGAAACGUUUAAGAUUGGAAAAGCCAUAUGGUACAAAUGUUGUUAUAAAAAAAGUAGAAUGUACUAAUCAUUUACUACGUAACUACAUAAAUCGUCUUAGAGAUAUAAGUGGGAAAAGAAAAAAUGAUAAAGGAGAUGUCAUACGUGGUUGUUAUCGGAAAGUGGUUCAUGAUCGCUUACUUAGGCUUCGGUAUGCUGUCACUGAAGCGAUAAAAUAUAGAAGACUUGAACAAACAGAUCGCACAUAUGAAGCAACACUGACUUUACUCAAAGCAGAUAUAACAAACGGACCUAAUCAUGUUUUCGGAGACCACACUAAAUGCCAAUCGUAUUUUUGUGAGGGUCAAAAGAAAGGUAUGUAA